UUCAGUGUUUUAUCAGCCGUCUACAAUUUACACGGGUUUAGAUAUAUGGCAAAACAAAAUGCCGAUGUGCGUUUUCUGGUUGAAUCGUUCUACUUAUUUUGCUUUAUUCACCUGGAAAAAUAAGAAAUUCUGUCAUACAGAAAUAUUAAAUUUAAUAUUGGUUUGAUUUAAUAUGUUGAUAUCUCGCGUAAUCUACGUCAUAGUUUACACCUGCAAUCUAUGUAUGUGUCAUAUGACUUAUGAAGAUCAGUGUUUUGCAUGUUAAAGUGUUAUUUUUUUAUGAGUACUGUUAUCGACCAGAACAAAAGAAUGAUGAUAUGUAUCCCCAAGAAAUGACACAAUUACAAAAUACUUGAUCGACUGAUUCAUCUUCGGUACUUCUUAUCAAUUAGGUUUUUGAAGAAAAUUUCAUACAUAAAUUACAACUAUUCAUAAAAAGAAAAAAUGUCAGGGGGAGAACGAAAGAAACGUGCUUGUGACAAAGGACAAGGUUGGGAAGAGGCUGGUGCUGAAUUUUAUCAGGAAAGUUAUCCCGCAGCAAUUGAAGCAGAUUUACAACAAGCAUUACAAAGAGAUCCUUCUCAUAUAGCUACUUUACUACCAAGUAAAAAGUCUCGUGUUGCAACUGCCAAACGAAUACGUAAUGAUACUAAAACAACAUUAAGGAGGCGUACUAGUACAAGAUCUCGCGGUACAACUACAUCAAGACGUAUGUCAACAAAUAUUCAUGAUGCAGCAGUGUCUAUGUUACCAGAUUUAUCUGAAAACUUAUCUAAUGAAGAACGUACUUGGGAAGAAAUAAUGCAAAUCAAAGCUAUGCCUGUGUGCAUGGCACAGAAAAUACAACUAAAAAAUCAGUUACAAAGUGCUACAAAAUUAAGAUUGCAAGGUUUUGAGCAAUUGAAAUGGCAACGAAGGAAAGCUUGGCAACAAUUUCGUAUCAGAAUGAAGGAAGCAUAUUCGAAAAUGGAAUUAUGGAAUGAUAGUCUUAAAACAAUUGGUGGGAAUUUUGGAAUGGGAGUUGUUGCAUACUUUUUAUUCAUCAAAUGGUUAUUAUAUCUUAAUAUUCUUUUAUUUAUAAUUAUAUUUUCAUUUAUUGUGUUACCUGCAAUAUUAUUGAAUAUGCCAGAAGAUGAGUCAUGCAUAAAUUCUAAUAAUAGUAGUAGUAUAUCUUGUUGUUCAGAGUUAUAUUGGAACAUAACUCAAGAAAGUAGUAGUAUAACAGACAUUUUUCAGGGCACUGGUAUAUUAGAAUAUACUUUAUUGUUUUAUGGUGCAUAUAGUCAUAUGACUUAUGAUACUUCUGGUAUAUUUUUUAAUUUACCAUUAUCCUAUAUUUCUGCAACUGUCGGUGUAUUUAUUUUUAGUUUAAUAGCUAUUGUUAAGUCAGCUGCUAAAAGUUUUAAACAGAGGGUAGUCGAAAAUGAAGGCCAGUUUUAUCAAUAUUGUAAUUUAGUUUUUGGUGGUUGGGAUUAUUGUAUACAUAAUGAAAAGUCUGCAGCUGUAAAGCAUAAAGCAUUAUACAAUGAAAUGAAAGCAUUUUUAGAAGCUGAGAGACUAGAAGAAGAAAGGCAAAAUCGAACGAGAGAAGAAACAACAAAAUUGUUUCUCAUGCGUUUCUUUAUUAAUUUAAUAGUUCUAGUAGUGUUAUGUGGUUCUGGUGUAUUGAUUUAUCAUAUAUUUGAAUUUUCACUCGAUCAAGUUUCACCACAAGUCAAUGAAACAUACGACUUGCAAUCUUUACCCUUGAAUAAAAUUGCUUACUUAUUUUUUGAAUUUCUUCCGUACAUAUGUAUCGUUGUUUUAAAUCUUGCAGUACCAUUCCUAUUUCGAUAUCUAGUCUCUUUAGAAAAUUAUAGUCCUUCAUUUGUUAUACGCAUAACUCUUUUACGAACUGUAUUUCUACGACUUUCUUCUUUCAUUGUUCUACUCACAUCAUUUUAUAGACUAAUUGUAACGGAGGUAACGGAUAAUAAAUGUACUGCUGAUAGACGACCACUGUGCUGGGAAACAUUUGUAGGACAACAGUUCUUCAAACUCUAUAUUACAGAUCUUUUUCUUCAAUUUUUCAUGACAUUUUUUGUCAAUUUUCCCAGGUCAUUAAUAGCAAAACAUACGGAAAACAAAGUGUUACGUUUUUUCGGAGAACAAGAAUUUGAUUUACCUAAGCAUGUGUUAGAUGUUGUUUAUUUGCAAACUAUCUGUUGGCUUGGUUUCUUUUAUGCACCUUUAUUACCAUUAAUUGCAAUAUUUGGUACUUUUGUACUGUUCUAUAUAAAAAAAUUUGCUUGUUUAGUAAACAGUACCCCAUCAAGUAAAGUUUACAGAGCAAGUAAAUCGAAUGCAUUUUUUAUGUUGAUUCUAUUGAUCUCUUUUAUUUUAUCUACAGUCCCAAUUGGUUACUCUAUUGCAGAAAUAGUGCCAUCAAAAUCUUGUGGACCAUUUAGAGGUUUCGAGUCUGUAUGGUCAUUAUUAAUUGUGAUGUUUGCAGAAUUUCCUUAUUGGCUUCAAUCUAUUUUAUACUUCCUUGGUACUGCUGGAUUUGGUGUACCAGCUUUUGUUAUUCUUACUUUACUUUUAUAUUAUUAUUAUGCUGUAUCAAUAGCAAACAAACACAUGGUUACAGUUUUAAAGAAUCAAUUAGUGCUGGAAGGUCAUGAUAAACAGUUCUUACUUAAUAGAUUGAGUGCAUUUAUUAAACAACAACAAGAUCAGAACAAGUAUCAUCAAGAGCAAACAAAUGAGUUAGGUACAUUCUCAUAAUCAGUAUUAUGAAAGUCAAAAUAAUUUUUAUAUAAUAAUUUUUAAAAUGCACAGAUUUAAUAAGUGUUUUAUAUAAUCAUAUGUGAACUGUACAAAAGUUAUAGUAAUUUAACUAAUUUACAAUUACUUUUUAUAUGAUAAUAGAACUGUCCAUCUCAGUUUUUAAAAUAUACAUUGAGCUAUAUAAUGGUAUUCAAAAUACUUGGUCCAACUAUAUGGUUUUCAACUAAAAGAUAUCUAGGAAAGCUAUUAUAUUUAUUACAAAAUAUUUUUUCUUAAAUUUAUUCAGUUAUUGAAUUUGAAUAAUUAAACAAUUUUAAGUAAGUUACAAAAAUAAUACUUAAAAAUCAGGGUACAAAUUAAAAACCGUGCAAUAGUAGAAGUCACAGAUUGUUUACUAUGUAUAUCUAGUUUUAGUAACAGUAAGAAGGGCUAAGAUGCAUACACAGUAUAGUAAUAGUAGUGAUAAGGACUUCUUUCCUUUUUAGAGUUUUUAUAAAAUACAAGACAAAAUAAUGUGAUUGGUUUUUUUGUAGUAAUACAAAAUAUCACACACAAACUUACUUUUUAAUUUUAUAAAUAAGUAUUAGGGUGCUUUUGCUAAAAUGAAGUGAAGUGAUAUAUGAUGGACCUAUUUUUAGAUUAGCUGGGUAUUAGAAGUAUGAUGCAGUUGUAAAUAGGUUGUGUAGACUGAUCAGAAAAUUCUUAAUAAUAAGAAUACAUUUUAUAGUAAUUUAUUACUUACGUACCAAAGUAUUUAUUAACUAAAAAUGCUUUAAUUUAUAUGAAAAAUUUAUGUUUCUAUAAAUCUUAUUUUUGAUGAUUGUUUUUGUUUUUAAUUUUAUCAUAUUUUAGCAGUAAUUUUGUAAUAUUUAUUUUAUGUGUUUAAAUAUUUACUAUAUUUAAGAUUUCUUUUAAUAUAAACAUUUAUGAAUGUGUCUAAUUUUUUAA